AUGCGGCGAGCCAGCCGAGACUACAGCAAGUACUUGCGGGGCUCCGAGGAGCUGGGCGGCGGCAACGCCCACGACAGCGCCCCGCCGCCGCCGGCCCCGCCGCAGGCGGCCCCGCCGCUGCCGGCACACCCGCACCCGCCGCCCGCCUCCCGCUCGCUGCUGGCCGCCCUCGUCCUGCUGGGGCUGGGGCAGGUGGUGUGCAGCGUGGCCCUCUUCCUCUACUUCCGAGCUCAGAUGGACCCCAGUAGAAUUUCAAAAGAAGAUGCACACUGUGUCAGAAUGCUUUUCAGAUCUCAAGAAAGUAUAGGUUUGCAAGAUACACCAUUUGAGAAUCAAGAUGUGAAGUUAAUGCCGGAAUCAUGUAGAAGGAUGAAACAGGCUCUCCAAAGAGCUGUGCAGAAGGAAGUCCAGCGUAUCCUGGGAAGAGAAACACCAAGACCAGAAAAAGCUGCAAUGGAGGCAUUAGGAAUGGACCUGUACAAGAGAAAUAAGCCUGAGAAGCUGCCUUUUGCCCAUCUCAUUAUUGAUGAUAAGAAUAUUCCAUCAGGAACUCGUAAAGUGAACCUUACAUCCUGGCAUCAUGACAAAGGCCAGGCAAACUUAUCAAAUAUGACGUUUAAUGAUGGGAAACUAAUUGUUAAUCAAGACGGAUUUUACUACCUUUAUGCCAACAUCUGUUUUAGACAUCAUGAGACUUCAGGCAACCUGACGAAAAGAGGGCUUCAGCUGAUGGUGUAUAUGACUAAGACAAACCUUAAAAUAAGGCGCUCUGAUGUGUUGAUGAAGGGAGGAAGCACCAAAUACUGGUCAGGGAAUUCAGAAUUCCAUUUUUAUUCUGUAAAUGUAGGAGGGUUCUUUAAAUUAAAAUCUGGUGAAAUGAUAAGUAUCCAGGUAUCAAACCCAUUGCUACUGGAUUCAUCACAAGAAGCAACUUACUUCGGGGCAUUUAAAGUAAGGGAUUUAGACUGAAUAUUUAGUGUGCUGAAAUUGGGGGGAGGAUGGGGGGGUAGAGGUCCAGAAACAACUUGAAGGCAGAACUGAAAAUUUUUUGCAUCCCAGUUGCAUCUGUAUAAGGCAUAUAGCUCUAAAGACAUGUUCUGCCCUGUGCUGACUCUGGCAAGAGUUCCAUAAAUGCAUCAAGGAUAAAAUCGUGUAGUUCUGAUUCAGUCUUACACCAGUUUUACUUCAUAUGCCUCCACUGGCUUCAGUAGAGUCAUUAUGACUUCUACAUUGGUACAGUUGAAAUCAGAGCAUUUGGUAUUACUGAAUUAUUUCCACAUCCUGACCUGACUGCUUGGCACAAACAGGGCAGGACAGAAUUUGACUCGCAGAUUGCAUUUGGGGCUUAAUCAUGCUUGGGGCUGAGCAUUCUGACCCUGAGACAGCAAAGAUUGUGAAUGUAUAACUAAUUCCAUUGUAUUUGAUGUGGCUUUUCACAUGCUUAGUUAAGCAUGUUCAUACUUUGCUGCAUUAGGGUUGGAAGGCUCAAACCACGGCAGAAAUGAAUUGUGGAACACCUAAACAGUUCAAAUCACAUUUUUACCUGAUUAAAAAGGGUUAUUUCUAGGAAGAAGGGAGAUCUGGCCUUACAGUUCUAAAAGGUUAAUUACAGGUCGUCAUUAUUGUUGCACAGCUAAUUGCAAAUAUAGAUUGCCAAAAUACGGUGUGCCUUUAAAGUAUUACAUUGUGCCAGAACCUGCAAAGACAUUUUUUUAGACGAAAAGUAUGUAUUUUUAUAUUCUGUAAUAUCUAAAGUUAUAUUUUAGGUGUAAUGUUUUGUGUAAAAAAAUGUAAAUUAUAUUGUCCUAUAGUAUUUGAUACAAAAUAUUUAAAUUUCUCUUGCUGUUUGUAUAUUUAAUGUUUUAAACUGUUUUUAAUGUACAGACAUGUUAAACUAGUGCACUUUUUAAUCCCAAUGGGAAAAAUUGCAGCUAAAAGAGGUUGUUUGCAAUUAGCAAAUGUAAUAUAUACCUUUGUACUUUUUUAACUUAAUAGAUUUCUGUUAAACUUGUCAGUAUUACUUGGGGGAGGAGGGAAACUCACACCAAAGUCAUGAAUAAUUACACCAGAAUGCUGGUCACUGGGUGCCUUUCAAACCUGGAGGGUAAUUAACAUUACAAAGCUGGUAUUACCUGAAGGGGGAAAAGAAAAAAACAACAUAAUAAGCCACAGAAAUGGAUUGGGGGUAUUUAUAGUUAUUGAACAGGCAUAUUUUCCUACAAUGAAUUCCACAAGUUGUAAAUUCUGCAAUUGAGCAAUGACUCUUUUAGCCUAGUUCCCUGAGAAAAUGAAGCUUUUGUCAUUGCGUUGCCUGUCCUGUUCUCCCCUUCUAGCUUCUAAAACUCUGCACCUUCCUGCCAGAUCUGGCAGGUGAAUGGCAGUGUCGAGAGGGAUUUUUACAGGUUUUAUGAGAACUGACAGCUGAGAAGGACUCAGCCAAUUUUUCAUUAUUCGUCAGUGGCUGGCCACUGUUCAUAUUAGCCAACAAAUUACUAUGGGGAAGCUCCUAGUUAGCCGCUACACGUGUUGUCUCUUGCAUAGUUGCUUGGCCAAAAAGGUAGGUGGAAGGAAUCUGAGGGUGGGUAUGGGGAACAUGGGAGGGAGCUGCAAAUAUUGUAGGUGAUGUUUAGAGCACAUCUGGGCAAGGAACAACUUUGGGGUGGGGAUCAAGGAGACUAUAGGAAUGUUUGGGUGCUCUAAGGAUGAUGCGGAGAAAAUGUCUUUAAUGCAGUAGGAAUCAGAAGGCAGAAUGCUCAAAUGUGUAAGAAAUGAAGCUUCAUACAAAUCCUCAGGCUUUUUUUAUAAUAAACUGAGUUGAAUUCAAGCAGUUAUUUUAUACUGUAUAAUAAGCAUUUCUUUUUAAUGUUAAUAUUGUUUUCUUACAAAAUAUAUUUC